AUUUUAACAUUUAUACGUGUAUACAAUAAGGAAAAGUUCAAGCAUAAUUUGUCUCAAUAUAGUUUUGUAACAAAAAUUCGAUGUAACGUGAGCUCACAUGAACGAGAAAUGAAGUUCGCGUCAAACCAUUCAUGAAACCAUUUACAAUGACAAUAGUCUAUCAUUAGCGUAAUGAGAUAGAUUACGUUUUCGUAAUUUAUCUCGUUAGAUAAGCAGCGAUACGCUUAUAAAUUUAGGCGCGAGGAUUGCACGCAACGUCAUUAAUAUCUGUGUGAAAAUCGUGGAAGCAACAUGACGCGAAUCAGUGUCGCUUUUUCGCUGUUAUGUGCUCUGUGCGGCAUAGCAUCCUCCUUUGCUUUUGUUUUCGAGGACUGCGGUUCGGAGUUAGCUAAGAUCAAUGAGGUCGAGAUUUCAAGCUGCGAUGUGUCCGAUGAGAAAUGCGUGUUAACCCGUGGCGAGGACAUACACGUAAAAGCCAAAGUUACGCCAAACACAGAUAUUACGGAAGUAAAAGUAUUUGCAUAUGGAGUGAUACUCGACGUGGCUGUACCCUUUCCCCUGAAAAAGCCUGAUGUGUGCAAAAAUCCGGAUUCCGGACUCAAAUGUCCUUUGAAAAAGGAUCAGGAGGUUAAUUAUAAAGCUACGUUCGUUGUGGAAAAGAAGACCCCUACGUUGAGCGUCGACGUUAUGUGGGAAUUUAAAAACGAGAAAGACGAGAAGAUUAUAUGCAUAAAAUUCCCGGUGAAGAUUGUAUAAGAUGUAGCUGGUACUUUUGUAGCGACUAUGACAGAUUAUUAUCGAAAUAAACACGUUACACGUUA